UCGGAAUGUAAAUUAUUGAUUCGCGGAAGUCCGCGAAACAACGGUCUUGAUAUUCGCGGACUUAGUCAAAGAAUAUGCAUCAAAAAGUACGCGUAAAAAAUCUCACCAAAAAGUACGAAGAAUCGCCAAAAGUGGCACGUGAACACUAUGGAAAUUCCCGUUGGAAACAUGGAAUGGAAAGAGAAUGAAGAAAUGGUCAUCUGCAUCACUUUCCUUUCGCGAUGUUGAGGACGGAAGCUAUGUAGCAUGUCUUCUUCAAACAGCCAUGAGGACCUCUUUACCUGAUGACUUUGUUCAACCCCGAAGACCUUAAUUGAUUACCGGUGAGAAAGCGCAAUGCCGAUCUUUUUCAUCACGUUUCAGUGGUUUCUAUUUUGGAUAAGCUUAAUAUGGCCAAGUAAUAUGGUACAAGGAAAUGUGAUCCAAUAUGGGAUGAGAAUAAAACCAACAAAGAGAAUUGUGCCAUACAUUCAAAAUUCUGCCAACUGCUUAACAUGCAACAAAACCAGUACACUAAAAUCAAAAAGUGAGAAAGAAAACAGUAUUCCAACCAAUAAUGAUAAAACUCCUGUAAAUCCUCUGGUCAAAAUUCAACAGACUAAUUCACCAAUAUAUUCAGCAUAUCCGCGACAAAAUUCCAGCAAUGGAGCAACCUUCUUUUUCACACAACUGGAGCCUCAUCGCUUCGAGUACCGUGCCAUGUUUCAGCAUCGACGCAAUGACUUUCAACCAUUUGUUCAUGAAUUUCAGCCAUUUAGUAGAGACUAUCCACCACUACCUAAACUGUCAUCACUAUCAGACUUCACAGAUUUUUUCCAUAACAAUGACCCUUUUCCUAAACUUCCAGAUUUUCCUAAUACCAAUGAACAUUUUCCCAAAAUUGCUGACUUUGCCAACAAGAAUGAGCAUUUUCCCAAAAUUGCUGACUUUGCCAACAAGAAUGAACAUUUUCCUAAAAUUCCAGACUAUAACAACAAUCAUUUCCCAAAAAUCCCUGAUUUCAUUAACAACAAUGAACCGUUCGCAAAAUUACCAGAAUUUACUUUCCCAACUCUUUCACCUGAAGUAAAAAGGGUAUGGAAUCAAGUUCCUGUGUUACAACCACCACCUAAACCAAUAAUAGAAGUUGAUAAUCCACUGAUUAAAAACUAUGAUGUAGUUUUAGGUCAAGUAACUUACCCCAAAAUAUUCAGAUUUAAUGAAGAAAGGAUUAAUAUUGAAGACUUUGACCGACAGAAAAAAUUAAGAUAUUUCAAUUUGGCAAAGCAUGGUGAUGUUUCAGACACAGAAAAUGUAAAACGUGAUCAUUUAUUAAUUCUACAUGGAGGUAUCUUUACAGUGAAAGAACCGCCCUUGUUUAAUAAGCAUUUUAAAAAGAGACGAAAGUUAAAUGCAUUUAAACGACAUGCAAAUCUGUAAAUAUAAAAAAUUUUGGAGCCAUAUAAUUAAU